AUGGGUAAAAAGGUCAAAAUUGGAAAACAGCGUCGCGAUAAGUAUUACAAAUUGGCUAAGGAAGCAGGGUUUCGUUCUCGUGCUGCUUUCAAGUUAAUUCAACUGAACAAGAGGUUUGAGUUUUUGCAAAAUGCUCGUGCUACAGUUGAUCUUUGCGCUGCACCUGGAGGAUGGAUGCAGGUUGCAGCUCAGAAUAUGCCAGUCUCAAGCCUUAUCAUAGGUGUGGAUCUAGUUCCAAUAAAGCCCGUUGCUAAUUGCAUCACUUUGCAAGGAGAUAUAACCACCGAGAAAACAUCACAAGCCAUCAAGAAAGAGUUGCAGCGUUGGGAGGCUGACUGCGUCCUACACGAUGGUGCUCCAAAUGUUGGUCUUAAUUGGGUUCAUGACGCAUUCCAACAGAAUUGUCUAGUGUUGUCGGCCUUGAGGGUGGCCACUCAGAUCCUUAGAAGGAAUGGUACAUUCGUUACUAAGGUCUUCCGAUCAAGUGACUAUUCAAGUUUGAUAACAACGUUUGAAAAAUUAUUCAACCGAGUUCAUGUAUGGAAACCUGCUGCCUCACGUCUUGAAUCUGCUGAGAUAUUCGUUGUCUGCGAAAAGUACCUGAAGCCGGCAAAAGUUCCACCAGAACUUCUUGACCACAAGAAAGUAUUUGCAGAACAAGAUGGCAAUAAGUCUCAGAAACAAAAUCCCCAAACCCUUUGGCUGGGAAAGAAAGAGAAGAAAACCAAGGCUGAGGGAUACGAAAAAGAAAUGCUGUCUAUGUAUAGAAAAAUCGAUGCGACUACAUUCAUCCAGUCUCAAGAUUACUUGGAAUUAUUGGAGCGCUACAGUGAGAUUAUCCUAGACAAGGAGAAGUGGCGUCACGCUUCUGAAACUACUGAAGAGAUUCGUGAAUACCUCAGAGAUUUGAAAGUAUGUGGACCGCGUGAAUUGCGGAAGCUGCUGAAGUGGAGGAAGGCGAUGAGGGGAAUUCUUGAAGAAGAACUUAAAGCUGUGGAAAAGUGCGUCACGAUCCAAUACAUUAACUUUAGAUCCAUGAACUCAGUUUUUAAAUUUGAACUGACUUAUUUGUUUAGCGAACUAAGAGAAGAAAACGUUACUGAGGCCGAGAUGAAUGAGGAAGAACUUGAAGACAACGAAAUGGCUGAGAUCGACAAGCUGAUCGCACAAGCCACUGAGGAUGAGCGACUUGCACUCAAGAACACAGAGGAGGAAUAUGGGGGAAACAGUGGUCCUCUGCAAGAAGAGUCUGGUGCUGCACAGGAUGGUGAUGGCUUAAAUUUUUGGGAAAUCGCAGAUUCAAAAGUGUCGCAAGAGACUCAAAAAGAGGCGCAAGCUCGUAAAUGGUUCCAAAAGGAGGAGAUCGCAGGACUAUUGUCUGACGAGGAUGAUGAUAUUGAAGUAGAUAUAGUUGAAAAGUACAUGGGACGAAAAAUCAACACCACUCACAGCAAUACAGUUAGUUUCGAAUGUGACACAACUUCGCAGUUGAAACAUGAUAGUGAUAUGGAUAGGUUCGAUGAUGAUAAACAGGAAGAACGGAUUGACUGCGGUGACGAAAAAGAAAGGCGAAGUGGUUCGAAGUUUACUGCAGAGAUGGCGUGGGACGAUGGAGAAACCGAAGAUGAGACGAAGAAGCGUCGGCUAACACCGGAACAGUUGGCACUUGGCGAACUUCUGAUAUACUCUAGUAAAUCAGCUCGGGAGGUUGAGGAAUGGGGCUGGAAUCGGUAUGCAAAUAAUGAUGAAGGACUUCCAGAUUGGUUUGUCGAAGAUGAGAAGAAGCAUUACCGGAAACAACUUCCUGUUACUAAGGAACAAGUGGAAGAAUAUCGUAAACGUUUGAGGGAACUGAAUGCUCGGCCAUGCAAAAAAGUUGCAGAGGCGAAAGACAGAAAACGUCGAAAAUUACUACGUCGUAUGGAGACUGCGAGGAAGAAAGCUGAAGGCAUUGUGGACAACGAAAAUCUUGAACCAUUGGAGAAAGUUCGAGAAAUGAAGAAGAUCUAUGCUGCUGCCAAUAAAAAGGAUAGGAAGAAAACAGAGUUGGUGGUGAUGACAAAGGGAAAGAACGGAAGGAUAUCGAGGCCAAAUGGACGCUAUAAACUUGUGGACAGUCGAAUGAAAAAAGAUCUACGUGCUUUGAAGAAAAAAGAAAAAACAAGAGGUCGUGGGAAGAAAUCACGAACAGGUGGACGAAAGCACUAG